AUGAAAGCUGCUGCUUUUCCCUCUAAAAUCGCAAACCUCAGCUUCCCUCCUGGACGCUGCCCACUAUUCUUCCGAUCACCGGCCGCGUUUUUGUCGCCGGCAUUGUCUUCCUCGAUAUCAACUCCUUAUCGGAAGCUGACAAGAGGAAGAAGGGGCAUUGAAGGCUUCAUGUCUCAGUCGUCAUCGUCUCAAUCACUUUCAUCUUUAUCGACUUCGUUCUCCUCUCAAUCGGAAUCAGAGUUACUUCAGGCUCAGUCACCUUCUCUGAAGCCAAAACCUCCGCCGCAACAGUUCCCAUGGCUCAUAGUCGGUUUGGGUAAUCCCGGAAAAAAGUUCCAGGGCACUCGCCACAACGUUGGUUUUGAGAUGGUGGAUGCUUUGGCUGAUGCAGAAGGGAUAUCUAUGAACACUGUUAACUUCAAGGCCUUGUUUGGAAAAGGCGUUAUUGGAAAUAUACCGAUUAUGCUGGCGAAGCCUCAAACUUUCAUGAACGCGAGUGGUGAGUCUGUUGGACAAAUUGUUUCCUUUUACAAGAUCCCGCUAAAGCAAGUACUUGUGAUUUACGAUGAUUUAGAUUUGCCCUUUGGUAAACUGCGGUUAUUGCCAAAAGGUGGUCACGGAGGGCACAAUGGGAUGAGAAGCAUUAUAGAUCGCCUUAAAGGGAGCCGUGAUUUUCCUCGGCUAAGAAUAGGGAUCGGACGGCCUCCGGGGAAGAUGGACACAGCCAAUUAUGUUCUCCGCCAGUUCAAUAAACAAGAACAGCAAGAGUUGGAUUACACAUUUCAAACCGGAUUAGAGGCAAUAAGGAUUAUGUUGCUUGAAGGGUUCAACAAAAGUGCAACCUUUGUCAACACUCGAAAAUCUAUGGAGCAGCUCAGUUAA